AUGUAUGACAAUGGUGUAUUAGGUGAAAAACUGAAUCUCACUGAACUGUUCACUGCAUUAACGUGUUUUGACGGAGCCGACUGUGUUGAAACACUAAGUUGCUCUCAAUGCAACGGUGUCGCUUGUAUGCGGAUCAAAAGUUUCAAUAUUGAAAGUAAUCACGAAGUGGCUUUUACCUCAAAUGUUGAUAACAAAAUUACACUUACACCAAAUUACAUCUGA